CGGGAAUCUCAAGUCGAGCCACUCCUCGAGAAGAUGCACGUCACUGAGAGCGAGGCAACUGCGCAAGCUCAAGAACCUGCAGCUGAAGGAGAGAGAGCACUCGGCCACGUCGCGACUGCGGAACAUGCACAUGAUACGGAUCUGGAGUCUGGAAACCACCAGGCUACUUCGCCAGGCUCUGGGGAGCAUAUCACAGUUCAGUCUGAGGAUGUCACUCCUCACAGCUCGAGCGACGACAUGCCAACACCGGAGGACACGGUUGUAGUGCCUGCCGAGUACGUGCAUACUUCCGCUGUGCCUAGCUCUGAGCCAGAACAGCUAGAAGAGGAAGAUGAGGAGGCACGACGGAAGCGCAUCGCCGAGCGUCUUGCGAAGGCGGGUGGUAUCAACCCACUGAGCGGCCUCCCGCUACCUGCCCCGACUUCGCCACCAACCUCACCCCCGCUUCCCUCUGUCGACCGUCGCCAGAGCCUGCGGAAAGACAGUCAUGGCUCCGUAGAUCGUGCUCGAUCUCCCGAAGCAACUCUCGCGUCCGCUCUUAGACGCGGUAGCACGGACUCCGUUGGAUCGCAGCUGGCCAGCAGUGACCAAGCGGUUGAUCCACCCCGCCCUCUACCGCCCGUCCCUACAUCAUCGAGGCCCGACGUGUUGGGCAGGAAGGGAAGUGUGGCAUCGGUGCAAUCGAACAGGGAGCUACCCUCACGUAGGGCAUCUCAGGAUGGUGAAUUUUGAGUGCGAGCAUAGUGU